AUGGGGCAUCGCGACUGCAUAAAUCCAACAAAAAUGGCCGUUGAAGGAAGCUCCAUCUUUACUAGUACAGAGCAGAAAGGAGGCUCAGUAGAAAGUAAAGAUGUUCCGGAGGAAAGCAGUCCACCAGCCUCAAAUCCGACCACCCACUCUGGCAAAAAGAAGGCAGACGACAAGCCCGCAGAAAAGAGUUGCCGUAAGGGAAAACGACAGCGUCGAGAUGAGCCAGAACCGACUGGAUCUUUUGCAGGUGAAUUCCAGACAGCCAUUAUGGAAAUGUGGAAGCGUAGUAUUGAACAAGAUAACAAGAGAUUUGAACGUUCUGCUGAAAUGUUUCGCGAGGCCCAGAACAAGCAAAUGGAUCAAACAAAUGCUAUACUUACAGGUUUUAAAGACAUUUUCAAAGACUUGCUGUCAAAGUAG